CCAAGCAGAGAGGCAAGACUGCAAUUAGUCAUUCUGGAAAGAUAACGUGGCUGACUUUGGGUUGCCUACACCUUCGGCCUUCCAUCUUCGAGUCCUCCGUAGUAUUAACUCAUUUCACAUAAAAAAAACCGGUCGUAUUCCCUUUCCCGCUGAUCGUCACGAGAAAACGCAGAAAGAUGCAGCAGGGUGCGGACAUUAACCAAAGAAUUGCCCGAAUUUCAGCCCAUCUUUGCCCUUCUAAUUCCCAGAUGCAGCGAAGUUCUGGUCUUGGGAUGGCGAAUUGCAGGGCCAAAGGGGCGUCGCCUGGAUUUAGAGUUGCAAUUCUGGGUGCUGCUGGAGGUAUAGGUCAGCCUCUUGCCAUGCUCAUGAAGAUGAAUCCACUGGUUUCACUUCUGCAUCUCUACGAUGUGGUGAACACACCUGGGGUUACAUCAGAUAUCAGCCACAUGGAUACCGGAGCGGUGGUGCGUGGAUUUUUGGGGCAACAACAGUUGGAGGAUGCUCUAACGGGGAUGGAUCUUGUAAUCAUUCCUGCUGGUGUUCCUAGAAAACCAGGAAUGACAAGAGAUGAUCUUUUCAACAUUAAUGCUGGAAUUGUUAAGACAUUGUGUGAAGGAAUAGCUAAGAGCUGUCCCAAAGCUAUCGUCAAUGUAAUCAGUAACCCUGUAAACUCAACAGUCCCUAUUGCAGCUGAGGUCUUUAAAAAGGCUGGCACUUAUGAUCCCAAAAGGCUUUUGGGAGUGACAAAGCUUGAUGUAGUGAGAGCUAAUACCUUUGUGGCUGAGGUUUUGGGGCUUGAUCCAAGGGAAGUGGAGGUUCCAGUUGUAGGGGGUCAUGCAGGAGUUACAAUCUUACCUCUUUUGUCUCAGGUUAAACCUCCAUGCUCCUUGACCCCUGAGGAAAUUGAGUUUCUGACUUCACGUAUUCAGAAUGGAGGCACUGAAGUUGUUGAGGCAAAAGCUGGUGCAGGAUCUGCAACACUGUCCAUGGCAUAUGCUGCUGUUAAAUUUGCAGAUGCAUGCUUACGAGGGUUGAGAGGAGAUGCUGGAGUUGUUGAAUGUGCCUUUGUGUCGUCUCAGGUGACAGAUCUUCCUUUCUUUGCAUCAAAAGUUCGCCUCAGCCGCAAUGGAGUUGAAGAGAUUUACUCACUCGGUCCCUUGAAUGAAUAUGAAAGGGCUGGGCUGGAAAAGGCAAAAAAAGAGCUAGCUGCAAGUAUUCAAAAGGGCAUACUUUUUCUACAAAAGUGAAUCGGGACAACAAAGCCUGAUCUUUACGACCAUCAGAAAAAGCCAUUGUAUAUCCUUGUAAUAAUACCAGAACAAUGUAUGCGAGCUACCACACAAGAGUGGAGUUUAGAACUUAGUGGUGGUAGCCGGCGAGGCUUAUCUUCGAGUGGCCCAUAGGGCUUCUAGCCGAAGCGACAUCUUGGAACCCCGAUAAUCUAUGAAAGAAAAUGUGGAAAAGCAAAAGCAUGGUUAAAGAAAAUGUGGAAAGUAAUAAAGUUCAAGGAAACAUGUUAACAUAGUCCAAUAAAUUAAUCAAUUCCAAACAUUUUCUGGGUAUUUGUUCCUGUUAUAAACUAAAGAAUAUAAAUGCAUGUGGAACCUGAAAGGGAGAAUCAAAUCCGACUUUCUAGGGCGGGUGACUGACUGAGAACAUAAAAGCUGUGCAAGUGUGCAACUAGUAAGGAAAAAUGAAAACAAAAAAAAAAUGUGCCUCUUUAAAAAAACGUUGCCUCUCCUUGAAAAAUAACGACACAGUUCAAUGCUCCGUAACAUUUUAGCAUAUGAUUUCUAUAAAAAUAAUCCGCUACAUUUGUUGCAGUUUCGUGCAUGUGUCGGUUUGACUUAGGUAUACUCAUCUGUUUAAAUUGAUUUUUUUUUUAAUUUUCUUAUAAAAUUCAGGAGUGCGAAAAAUAGACAUAACCUAAUAUAGGUAUUCAUGGACCGGGUCUGGUCCGGGCCCGGGUCGGGCCUAGGCCCGGCCGGGCCCAAAAAAUUUUAGUGAAGCCCGGGACUGGCCCGGAUGUUCACCGGUGCCAGUCCGGUUCUAUUUUUUUUGUUUUCUUGAUUAUUUAAUCCCCUACCCCCCAUCCCCCAAACCCAUCGGAAACACCCAGCCCGGCCCAUUUAAACCCAGCCCAAACCAAAAAAAAUAAAAAAAAAUAAAAAAAAAGGUCAGAACCGGGCCUGGCUGGGCCGGUUCACAUUUAAGCAAUCCCAGAACUGGCCCCGGUUUCAUCCAUCAACCGGGCCUAGACCUGGAAUCGGUACUCGGUUCCCGGGCCGGGCCCAAAUAGUGCUGGGCCGGUUCCCAGGUCGGGUGGCCCACACCGAGUCCACCACUAAAUAUA